CGCGCUCCAUCUCCUCACCCGGCCCAGGGGCCCCAGUUGCUCACUCCGCUCAGACACCGGAGCGCUUCUCUGCACUCAGCCUGGACCGGGCUGGAGCCUGGGGGCCUCCCUGCUGCUCAGAGGCCGAUCACUGGCAGAGCGCGCCCCGCUGUCAUUGUUAGAGACCCAGCGGGAGGUUCAUUCAUUAUGGCUGAUGAUGACGCACCGACGUCCGGAGCCGGCUGAAGCCCAGAGAUGCCAGUGAGGAGAAUCCAGAACCGGACUUUUCAAGGACUGGGAAUUGGACCGAAUCACUGCAGCAGAAUUACAUUCAGACCCGAGAAGAGGAGGCUGAGGACAUCUGGAACCACCUGCUGAGUUUUACAGGUUUCUGGGAGAAUGUGAAGCUCCAGGUUCUGCUCCAGUUAUGUUGGUCAAAGCUAUCUGUCAGAAGCAGAGGACAUAAGUUCUGGACGUAUUCUGCACAGGUUCCAUGCUCCUCCUGUCCUAGCUACCCAGCAGGAGGUCCCGGUUAGCUGCGGCAGAGUUUCAGUAAAACUCCCACUCCAAGAUGGCUAAGGGCUGGAAGCCAAACUUUUCUGGAUGUCGUUUCUUGUUGCUGCAGCUGUUGAAUAGCUGCUGGCUGCUGGGCUCAACAUCUGUCCUGGAAGACCCCCAGCAGCAGGCGCCGGAGUUCGGCCACUCCAUCCGCCUGGAUGGGGACAUCAUCCUGGGGGGCUUGUUUCCUGUCCAUGCUCGAGGAGAGAGGGGCGCCCCCUGUGGUGAGCUGAAGAAGGAGAAGGGAAUCCAUCGCCUGGAGGCAAUGCUGUUUGCCAUAGACCUCAUCAACAAGGACCAGGAUUUGCUGCCCAACGUGACGCUAGGAGCACGCAUCCUGGACACCUGUUCUCGUGACACCUACGCCCUGGAGCAGUCGCUGACCUUCGUCCAGGCGCUGAUUGAGAGGGACAGCUCAGAUGUGCGCUGUGCCAACGGAGAGUCAGCCAUCUUUGCUAAGCCAGAUAAAGUGGUCGGUAUAAUUGGGGCGUCGUCCAGUUCGGUGUCCAUCAUGGUAGCCAACAUCCUCAGAUUGUUUAAGAUUCCUCAGAUCAGCUAUGCCUCCACAGCACCGGAGCUCAGUGACAACACGCGCUACGACUUUUUCUCCCGUGUGGUUCCCCCUGAUUCCUACCAGGCUCAGGCCAUGCUGGACAUCGUCACAGCCAUUGGCUGGAACUAUGUGUCCACUCUGGCAUCUGAGGGCAACUACGGUGAGAGUGGCGUGGAGGCCUUUGUCCAGAUUUCCAGAGAGUCUGGCGGUGUGUGCAUUGCUCAGUCCUUGAAGAUUCCUCGGGAGCCGAGACCUGGAGAGUUUGACAAGAUAGUCCUUCGGCUGCUGGAGACCCCAAACGCCCGCGCUGUCAUAAUGUUCGCCAAUGAGGACGACAUACGGCGAAUCCUGGAUGCAGCAAACCGCAACAACUUAACAGGACACUUCCUGUGGGUGGGCUCUGACAGCUGGGGCUCUAAGAUUUCCCCAGUGGUCAGGCAGGAGCAGGUGGCCAAAGGCGCUAUCACCAUCCUCCCAAAGCGGACGUCUGUGGAGGCGUUUGACCGUUACUUCAAGAGCCGAUCUCUGUCCAACAAUCGGAGAAAUAUCUGGUUUGCCGAGUUCUGGGAGGAAAACUUUGCCUGUAAGCUGGGGAUGCAUGGCAAGAGACUUGGAAGCCCAAAGAAAUGUACAGGCUUGGAGAAGGUUGGCCGUGACUCUAUUUAUGAGCAGGAGGGAAAAGUGCAGUUUGUGAUGGAUGCUGUUUACGCCAUGGCACACGCUCUCCACCACAUGCACCAUGAGCUGUGUGCCGGGCGCCCCGGGCUGUGUCCGCGCAUGGCUAACAUCGAUGGCAAGGAACUGCUGGCCCAGAUCCACGGGGUCAACUUCAAUGGAAGUGCAGGGACUCCAGUGACUUUCAACGAGAACGGUGAUGCUCCUGGACGCUACGACAUCUUCCAGUAUCAGAUCAACAACAUGUCUGCAGCGGAGUACAAAGUGAUUGGACACUGGACCAAUCAGCUGCAUCUAAAUAUGGAUGCCCUGCAGUGGCUGACCGAUGACUCCUUUAUUCCCGCCUCUGUGUGCAGCUUCCCGUGUCGGACGGGUGAGAGGAAGAAGGUAGUGAAGGGUGUCCUGUGUUGCUGGCACUGUGAGGCGUGCGAGGGGUACCACUACCAGGCCACCGAGUUCACCUGUGAACUCUGCUCCUAUGAAAUGAGACCGAACCAGAACCGGACGGGCUGCCAGCCGAUACCUAUAAUCAAGCUGGAGUGGCACUCGCCCUGGGCCCUCGUGCCUGUGUUCAUCGCUGUUUUGGGGAUUAUUGCAACAACUUUCGUCAUUGUGACAUUCAUCCGUUACAACGACACCCCCAUUGUUCGUGCCUCGGGCAGAGAGAUGAGCUACGUUUUGUUGACGGGUAUAUUCUUGUGCUACGUCGUUACCUUUCCCAUGAUCGCCGCCCCUGAUCUUGCAGUCUGCUCUUUGCGCCGGAUCUUCCUGGGCCUCGGCAUGUGUUUCAGCAAUGCCGCUCUGCUAACCAAGACCAACCGCAUCCACCGCAUCUUCGAGCAGGGAAAGAAAGCUGUGACGGCACCUCGCUUUAUCUCACCAGCCUCCCAGCUCAUCAUAACUUCCUCUCUCAUCUCACUUCAGCUCCUGGGUGUCCUUGUAUGGUUUGCUGCUGACCCGCCUCACACCUUUGUGGACUAUGGAGAGCAGCGCACGUUGGACCCUGGGAAUGCACGCGGCGUCCUAAAGUGUGACAUCUCUGAUCUGUCACUCAUCUGCUCACUGGGAUACAGCAUCCUCUUAAUGGUCACAUGCACUGUUUAUGCCAUCAAGACUCGCAGUGUGCCUGAGACAUUUAACGAGGCCAAACCCAUUGGAUUCACCAUGUACACCACCUGCAUCAUCUGGCUGGCUUUCAUCCCCAUCUUCUUCGGCACGGCGCAGUCAGCAGAGAAGUCCCCCGGAAGAACAAGGGAGUCCCCUGGAGGGGCCUUCUCCAGUACCCCCCCUAAGAACUCCAAAGAGGCUGCUUCUUCAGCCAAGGAUCAGAAGGCCAAGGUCCGCGCCCUCGACUGCCACCCAUCACACAAUGCACCCAAACCCUUUGGCCCCUCCUACAGGUGUAGCUACUCUGCACUACAGAAGGAUAGGAGAGCUCUGGGCGCACCAAAGCUACGCCCUCAGGUGACCGGAAGUGACAUCACAGUCGUAAUGCAG